UAGAAAACAAUAGUAAAGUACUUUUGACUAUUUGACAAGUGUUACAUGACGUGUUUGGCGUCAGUUCAGUCCAUCAGUUCGCUCAGCAUACUGAGCGCGCGAGAUGGACAAAUCAUUAUUUGAGAAUUAUUUUACACGUUCAGGCUGGCAUCAUCAGUCAGCUGUUAUUCAAAAACGACCAUAAGUCCCUCAGUCAACUGGUUAGACGAUAAUUCUCUUAUUAUUCUGAGCAAACUGACCUGACGACAAAUUAAUCGUGUAACCCUUGUCUAAGGAUUAAAUUUUGAUUGAUUGUUGCUAAGGACUAAAUCUAUUUUGUUGUAUAAUUACAUUAUUUGCGGGUGUUAAAGACUAUGUAUAUAUCACGGGCAAAUAAGGCCAGGCCGCUUGUAGGUAUUUAAUAUAAACACUGCGAACGACUAUUUCAUUAAUAAUGGGUUUUUCAUCGUCGCCAUUAAUAUAACGUUAAAAUUAUCCUGUUAGUACAUUUUUUUGUUUCUCGUUUGGAUAGGACAUUUUCAGGUUUGAAUCAUCUGAUUAUCCGAUAAAAAAGAUUUAUCGUUGCCGGCUGUCUAUAUUACACCCCUUUCACACGGCAGUCCAGUUUUUUACAGGAUCCCGUUUUCUACAGGAUCCCGUUUGAUGGCGAAUGUGUUUAUAUGCUAGCGUUCACACGAGCAUCCCGCAUGCGGGAUCCUGCAAAAAACCGAUCCGGUCGAAUUGUGCCAUUCGGUUUUGUCACUAGAAACUGGAUCCGUAGUCCAGUAAAAAGCGGGAUCCCGUUUAAUCACACAUAUAUUUCAAUAGCAAUCUUCACACGGCUUCCUGCAUGCGGUUUUUUGCUGGACACUGUUUUUAGCGGGAUAGUGGAGUGGUGGCAGCCCCCGCCCCGCGCCCGCCGCGUCACCCGCACAUGUGUAGCGCUCGCGCAUUGCUCUUUUGCGCGGCGGCGCCGAGAUUGCUGUGUUUCGUCGAAAAAUGUCGCAAACAAAUAUUGAUCCCGAACUUCUUAUUACACUAAUUGAAAUUAGGCCUAUAUUAUGGGAUAAAACGCUGGAAAAUUAUAAAGAUAACAACUUGCGAACUGCAGCAUGGCGCGAAGUUUGCAUUGUUUUGAGAGAAGACUUUCAAGAACUCGAGGAAAAAGAAAGACAAAGCUAUGCUAAAAUGGUCGUUAAAAAAUGGAAUCAGAUAAGAGACAGCUGGAAGAGGAGUUUAAAUGCGAAAAAGAAAAUAAAUAAAUCUGGAUCUGCUGCAGUUAAUACCAAAAAAUACUGUUAUCACGACCAGUUGUUGUUUUUAAAAAAAAAUAUGGAUCCGGCUGAAACACAAGACAGUGGCGGUAACAAAGCUGCAGAUAUUGAAGAGGGUGAUACGGAAAAUCCUAUCCAAAAUGAAGAAAGUGAAAAUGAACCUAUUAUCGGAAGUCCAGGACAAGAAAAUCCUGCAGGUGGUGCUAAACGACUUAAGAGAAGUGUACUACCAAGGCUGAGACUUUCUGUAAUGGAUCAAAAAAUGGCGAGUUUCAUUGAUCACCAGAUGAAAAGUCAGCCGAAUACGCAGAAUGAAGAUCGUAACUUGUCAUUUUUUAAAAGUUUACUUCCUACACUAGCUUCACUCAACGAUGAUCAAAUAUUACAAUUUCAAGCAGGUGUUAUAAGUUUGUUGCAAAAUAUAAAAAGCCGCAAUUUUAACCAAUGGCCCUCUCAACAACCAUCUACUUUUAACAACUCUUAUCAAUCAGCAGGUUAUUUCACACCGCAUUACAGCGUUCAGUCAUCGCCAUCUGCACAAUCAGUUGAAUCGCAGAGCUCUGAUUUUCCGGAUUUCACUAAUAUUUAAUUAAUAUUAACGAUCAUCUUGUGAAAAUAUCAUACAUACAUAACUUAUUGUGUUUGGUAAUAAAUAUUAAACUUUAAAUAUGUAUUUCAUUCUUACC